AUGGGGGCGUUAUAUGCUCCCAGAUUUUGUUGCACGUCGCAAAACCAGAAAAAGAAAACAUCGGUAGUAAUGCAAGCCUCAGGCGAGAAGAAGCAACAAGUCCUGUUGCUGAGUCAGCAAGGAAACGUCAAUACUCCUCCCCAGCCAACAACUUCAUUUCUUGACUUCCCUCUUUCUCCUUCACUCUCCUUUAUCGAGCUCCUCCUUCACUACAAGUCUCCCCCCUUACCACCACUGCCCACCAUAGGUCGGCGACACAGACCUCGCCACUCCAAAGGCCAAGGCCGCAGUAAACGGGACAAGAUGGGCCAAGAGAACUCUCACCAACAGAUCGAUCCCCAUGCCCCGCCCCACACGCUCUCGGCACGAAGCCUUGAUGCCGUUGCCGAUUUCAUCAAGCAGGAGAGCGCCCCUCCAAAACGAAUCGUGGUCAUGACAGGCGCCGGUAUCUCCACCAGCGCAGGCAUCCCGGACUUCAGAUCCCCAGAGACCGGCCUCUACGCCAACCUUGCGCGUCUGGAUCUCCCCUAUGCAGAAGCCGUGUUUGACAUCUCCUAUUUCCGCCAGAAUCCCAAUCCCUUCUACAUGCUGGCAAAGGAGUUGUACCCCGGGAAGUUCUACCCAACCAUCUCGCACGCUUUUAUCGCCUUGCUGCAUAAAAAGCACAUGCUCCAGAUGCUGUUCACGCAGAACAUCGACUGUCUGGAGCGACGAGCUGGUGUACCGGCCGAGAAGAUCGUGGAAGCACACGGCAGUUUCGCAACUCAGCGAUGUAUUGAUUGCAAGACCGAGUAUCCGGCUGAUCUGAUGAAGGAGGCCGUGGAUGCCGGGGAGGUCCCCAAUUGUCUUGACCCGCAGUGUAAUGGUCUGGUUAAGCCGGAUAUUGUGUUCUUCGGAGAGGCCCUCCCAGCGUCGUUUUUCGAUAACCGGCACGUGCCUGAGACGGCGGAUCUGGUUAUUGUUAUGGGCACAAGCUUGACCGUGCAACCGUUCGCCAGUCUACCUUCGUUUGCAAGGGAAGGAACCCCUAGAGUACUAUUCAAUCUGGAGAAGGUGGGAGAUUUUGGAAGUCGUCCGGAUGAUGUGGUGAUUCUGGGCGAUUGUGAUACCGGUGUUCGGCGGCUUGCGGAAGCCCUAGGUUGGCUGGAUGAACUGGAAGCGUUAUGGCGACAAGUUGGUGGGGAUACCAGAGAGAAGGAAGCAGCCCUGUUACAGGACGAGCGGAAAGGAAUGUCGAAGGAUGAGAUCCUAGAAGCCGAGAUCACUAAACUGACUGAUGAGGUUGAUUCUGCGUUGAAGAUGUCGCAGGAACACCAUCGACGAGUCAACAAUCAUCUCGACAAGGAUUCAAAUAGGGCUCAGAUAUCCUCGACGCCUUCGAUCAACGGAAGCGAAAUCGAUCUGAAAUCCACUCUCUCCACACCCGCCAUUGUCGGGAGCGAAGGCGGCUUGAAAGAACCUCAACCUUCACCCGCACCAGUACCAACUCCAGCGGUUGAAGAAGAGAAACUCGACAUUACACUACCGCAAAACAAACCAAAUGCCGCCCCUGCAGAUUCGGCGAAAUCAAAUUCUCUGUAUUUACAUUAUGAGCUGGAUAGAUCAUAGGCGAAACCCGUGGCUCGAUGUCAGGUCAGCUGAGGAAGGAAACUUGGUAGCGAUAGACUCGCAAUCCAUGCCUCCAUUACGGAGCAGGUGGAAUUCACGAUCAGGAAAUGAAAAUCAAAUAAAUGUAAUAUAUUUUCCC